UGAUUUUAAAUCUAAGCAUCCCAACUAUUUAUAUGUCAAUGGCUUUUGAGUCAAAUGCAAUAAAUAUAAAGAUCUUCCCUCUGCCUUGGUCAGACCAUAGAGUAAAAAUUAGUAAACAGGCAGCAUAUUGACAUAAUAUUAUCCUCAGCUCUAUUUCAAACCUUUGAAUCCAGAUGGUAACGGAUGAUAUAACUUUGAUGUUAUAAGACAACCUUGAACAACAUCUCCAAGGUACUGGGCCACUGAGGAAUAUAGUACCACAGAUCCUUUUUAAAAAGCCAAUGGUUAGCCUUUAGAUUGAAUUUGUCUGCAGAAGUAUCCUCCCUUUGGUGUGAUGUCUACUCUGUUCUCUCACUGACCUCUUAUAUCAAGUGUGUACAAGCUGCCAAACUCCCACUAAGAACACUCAGAUCCACUUGAUCUUAGCCAAAAGGCCGAGAAGCGAUGAACACUCAGAUCCAUUGUCUCUAAGUGAAACCUUAGAGACACCUCCAACUGUUGAAGGUAUUGUUUCUUGUUAUGCUAUAAUGUUAAAUUCUGUACCCAAGAAUCUAAACCUAUGAAUUUUUCUUAUGCUUAUAUGCUUUUGUUGUGAAACCUGUUUCUUGAUUUAAAAUGAUUGGUUAAAUAAAAUUGGCUACAGCCAAUUAGAGGGAUUAGAGGCUGGUGGGAUUUUAGUCGUAUUGGGACAAAGAGAGAGGGUAGAGGGAGACAAGGAGAAGAAAGUGAGUAGAAGAGGAAGCCACCAGAGGUUAGGUCUGUCAUGAAAUAUGGCCAAGUGGGUUGACUAAUUGGAGUGAAGUACAGCCCAGAUAAAACAGGGCAAUUUAAUUAUUGAGAUUAUUGCUUGGUAAAUAGACAUUAUAGCAUGGAGGAUAGAUAUUUGCCCAGCUCUUGUGUUGUUUGAUGCUUAUCGUAAACAUAAAGUGUGUGUGUGUGUGUGUGUGUGUGUGUGUGUGUGUGUGUGUGUUUUAUCUGGGGACGGAAUGAUCAAUGGUGGGGGUAGAAAUCCCAAUCAAUAAUCCUCCUGCCAUCAAACUUCCAUAAGAGUUUUUGACACCUAUCCAAUGUUGGGCUGUGAUUUCUGCAUCUGUUUCAUUAAGAAGUAUGGUACAUCCUGUGAGAGGACAAUUAUUUACAGUGUCAGAGAUUGGUGCUUGCCAAUGGGAUCAGCCUCAAGUUAGCCCAGAUAUUGGUUGGACAUUCCUUCAGCACUCUGACCCAGAAUCUGACUUGACCCUAUGUGAAGCAAAUAUUCAUAUAGCAGAACUUAGCUCUCAACUAUCCUGUGUUUCCAUUUUAUUUUUGGACAGCAUUUUGUCUGCAGAUAAACUUAGGGAAUUUCUUGACAAGUGGCUUACUUGCUACAGUUGAAACAACUCUACAUGGAGAUUAUCAAUACUCAUUAUCAUCUUUGAAGUAGAAUAGAGGUACUGUCAGGGACAGACAUGUCUCUUAGUUAAAAGACCUUUUAAUAUUGAAAUAACUGGAAGUGCCAUAUUCUGUGAAUCGCUGACUCUUUUAAAGACCAUAUGUCUCUUCACAGCAUCUCAGAACAAGCAAAGACUAUCUACAGCUACUUAUUAUCUAUAUAACCUAGAGUGCGUAUUUUCUGAUGAUACAGACUAGUAUCUAACAUAAUUAUGAGUUUGAUUGAUUGUUAUUUACAUUGCUUAAUUAUCCUAAUCAGAUUAUAUUAUCUGUUAUUAGAAGAACUUAUAGACUAGUAUCUAAUAUGAUUAUGAGCUUGAUUAACUGUUACAUGCAUUGUUUAAUUAUCCUACACAGAUUGUAAUGGCAGGUCUUAAAAGGACUGAGAUUAAACCUUGUAUUUUUAAAUAAGUUGCAUAGUCAUGAUGCCUAUCUAAAUGUAACAAAAUUAAUUUUAAAUUUUUCAUCAAUGUGUGAAAAUUUAUACUGAUUAAACCAUAAACCUGUAAUUCUGUAUCAAGGUAACAAAAUAUAACUUCAAUUUUGCAUCAAAAUAUAAAGACUUCUCACAAUGUAAAAAUGUGGCCAUGAACUCAAUAAGUUACUCCUAUUUCUCUAAUCUUUUAUACUAUUACUCUAAACCACUUUUUUUUCUUUUAAACCUCUUUUCUUUGCCUGAGAAAGAGAGACGGUAUAGAAGAGGAACAGAAAAAUAGAAAUCCCAGAGUCUAAGCUUCAUAUUAGGUUACUUCUCUGUUCAAGACCAUAGUAUUUGUAAAUUAUCCCUUAAGAUGACAUCAUGUCUAUAAUUUAUAAAAACAAAUAAAACUGUUUAUCAAAAUUUAAGGGAUUGGAAAAAUGUUCUACUUUUAGUUGCUUACUGCUGAAAACAAAAUUGGCCCUUAAAUAAAACGUUACAAAAGAAGGGACUUACUAAAGCUUGUUGAUCGUAAGUUCAAAGCAAUGUUUCAUUCCAUCAACUCAUUAUAAACUCAAAGCAACAGUUUCACAUGGUCUUGCUUCUUCAUAGUGCACACCUGUGGCUUCACCCUUGGCCCUGUCCUAGAAUUCAUCAUUUCUCUUGAUCACAAAUCUGUUCAAAGUCUAUUUUUCUUCUCAGUGCAACUUAUGAAAACUCACUGUAUUUGUUAUUAUGCAUCCUUAACUUACUAUUCUAUGAGGAGGGAGAACAUUCUUGAUCCCAACUUCAUUACAUCUUUCUUACAAAAUGACUAAAAUAAUCUCCUUAAAAUUUCUAUCUGAAAUCAUAUGAGUAAAAUCAGGAAUUCUACAAAUUCAUUAAUUUCUCUAAAUAGAAUUAAUUCAUGAAAGUUCAUCUUCAUGUUGAUUUUCAGGAAAUUUGCCUAAUAGGGUAGGUCAUAAUCCCAGGAUUCAUCACACCAGGCUAUAGAAAGUGAGGUUCUCCCAGUGUGCAAUCACACCAAGCCAAAUAAAAGGGGGAGUAUGGGAAUGAUAAACACGAGAAAGCACAUUGGUAACAAAAAGUAAUUCUGGGAUGAGGUCUCAGAGUCAAUGCCUAACCAGAGUACACCUAUUGUAGCUGAGCAAGACAGGAGGGCUUCUCCAAUGACCUCACUUGCAGACUGCCGAUCUUCAUGACUGGCAUCUGCCAAGAAAAAGAGGAAGGGAUUUAUUUUGCCAAUGAUAAUUGCAGUCAGCUCUAAGGAGAGUGGUGUGUUUAAUGCUGAUAUAUACUCAUCAAGCGAUCAUGACAUUAGACCAUAAUUAUGAUUGAAAGGUUACAGCACUGAUAAUAAUCACUUCUCAAAGAAAAGAGGACACCUGUUCCCCAGUCUUAUGUAUUUUGGAGGAUGGACCUGCUAAUGUCAUCAAAUUAAACUGUGGAACAUUGACUAUCCUGGGCUUCCCCUGAAAACUAGAACCAAAUUUUCACUAAACAUCUUGUUUGUACCUAUGGCCUCCACUGUAGUUAAGAACUUUUCUUCUUUCUUUCUCUUUUUCACCUGUGAUCCAUUGUGACAACUUAAAGAGAAGUUUUGCUUUACUGUGAUGACUUAGGACUUUCCUCUCACGGUUUCAUGUGCCAGAGGCCUUACCUCAAACUCUGUGCUAAGUAUAUGAAGUGAGAAAAAUUCUGUGAGGUGUGUUCUCGGCUAUCAUUGUUGCUCUACUUGUUGUGAAGAGAAGUUAUUGGCCCCUGUUUGCAGAAUAGAGUAAUUCAUUACACUCCAUUGCUCCCACUUCUUAUGUGCACAGCUGAGAACAAAGUCAUUGAUUUGGGGAAUGAUAAGCAGUCAGUUCUGAGAAUUAUUCUGUUCAGAAGAGUGCUUUUUUCCCCUUAACUGAAUUAGGCAUGAGGUGGGAAGGAGGGCAAGCAAAGGAUAAUAGAGGAAGAGAGGGAGAAUAACAGAGAAUGAGAUGAAAAAAUAUAACAGGUUUAAUAGUAUAUGCCUUUUAUCCAAAUUAUCAGCACAAUAGUAUCUUGAUCUAUAUGUAGGGGGUUCCUGAAAUGGAAUGGAAAUUUGUUAGAGGUACUAAAUUCCUGGGUCCCCAUGCUAAUUUGCAAAAUUGGGAGAAAAUGCCCACUUGUUCUGAUGACUACAAAUUAUGGGACAUGUUAAUCGAGCUCUGGGAAUGAUGACAAAUUAUCUCUACUCCUGUAAUGCUGCUAUGUAUUGAAUUAGCAUUGUCAUAUGAAUCUACCCAGAAUCAAGUUUCACAGUGAAAUCUUAACCCUUUAAUUAUUUGCACAGAUACUUUUCAAUUUGUGCUUAAAUUAUUUCAUGCAAGGGCUUAAUUUUCUGGCUGCUUUGUAAAGACACCCUUUCCUAGCUGCACCCAAUUAUAGUGAGACAACCCUAUUAUUUUUAUAUAAAAAUUGUAAUUGUAUAUUUUAUCUAUUUACAUUUAAAAUGUUAUCCCCUUUCCCUCCUCUCCCAUGGCCCCUUCUCCCUUACCCUUCUACUAUAAAGAUGCUCUCACUCCCACCCACUCACUACGACCUCAACACCCUGACAUUCCCCUACACUGGAGAAACCAGCCUUCACAGGACCAAGGACUUCUCCUCCUAUUGAUGCCAGAUAAUGCUGUAUGAUAAUACAUAUGCAGCUGGAGCUAUGGAACCCCACGUGUGUAUUCAUUGGUUGGUGGUUUCAUUCCUGAGAGCUCUGGAGCAUCUGGUUAGUUGAUAUGUUGUUAUUCCUACAGGGUUGCAAAACCUUUCAGCUCCUUCUGUCCUUUCUCUAACUCCUCCAUUGGGGUCCCCAUUUUCAGCCAGAUGGUUAGCUGCAACCAUCCUAUCAUCUGUAUCAGUAAGGCUCUUGCAGAGCUUCUCAGGAGACAUCCAUAUCAGGUUCUAGUCAGCAAGCAUUUCUAGGCAUCAGCAAUAGUGACUGGGUGUGGUGACUGAAUAUGGGAUGGAUCCCCAGAUGGAGAAGUCUCUGAAUGGCCUUUCCUUCAGUCCCUGCUCCACUGUUUUGCCUGUAUUUCCUCCCAUGAAUAUUUUGCUUCCCCCUCUAAGAAGGACUGAGGCAUCCACAUUUUUGUCUUCCUUCUUCUUAAACUUCAUAUGGUCUUUGAUAUGUGAGGGGAGCAGGUGUAGCGGCAAUCCCAAGAUGGCCCCCGGGACUGCUGCCCAGUCUUACGAAUAGCACCUGAAAGUAAGCCACGCCCCAUCGUGAGAGCUGCGCAGGCGCACUAUGACGAUAGAUCAGACCAUGUGACGUGGACCUAUGGACGGAUGUUAUGCAGACUGGAUGGCUGAGGCUAUACCCCCUCUGUUGGUAGUUACUGCUGUGGAUUAUCCUGUUCAUUCCUCUCUGAAAUUUUGGAGAGGAUGGUACCUGUAGGAAGAGGAAACAACAUACAUUUCCUACAUCUGCUGAGUGGAUUGAGAUUGUGGUACAUAUAAAAAGUGUAAUAAUACCUGGCUGUGAAGAGAAAGUUGUCCUUCAAUACCAUCGCUGCAUUAGAUGUUGCUCUUCUAGAUAAGAGUAUGGGCAUGCAUGUGUCAGCACACUAUUGGGAGAAAGUCCAGAGCCUACAUUAAGAUGCUUGUGGUCCUGUUCACAGCAGCCUCGCUAGCCCUGAGCUCCGCUCAGAGCACAGAUGAAGAAAAGGAACCACUCGAAGAGCUCCUUUCUGUGUCCAGCAUCAAUUACAGAAGACUUCAACACAUCUUCUGUAAGCUUGCCCAGGUGUUGAACCAUCUCACCUACCUUGAUGACUACAGUGAUCUUAUAAGACAAGACUGUGAAGCCAAAUGAAGGGGAUUGGAUACUAUCUGAAACUCCUUCGUGCUGAUGGGGGAACAGGCUAUUCCACAAAGGGAGACACAAAGAGUGAGGAGAAGUUUUGUGGUGUAGAUUAAUUUGAAUUAACGCACUGUCUGCGCUUAAGCACAAGAGGAAAAUUUCUAAAUUUGUUUUCAUGAAUGUAUAAAAUAUACACACUUACAGAAGGUUUGGUACAUCAAUUAUACUGUCAAGCACAUUUACACAAGUUUGAAAUGGCUAUUUCAAUGUGAAGUGUGAGUUGGAUGGAUAGAAAUUGAUUGUUAAUGGGCAGCAUGAAUUACAGAAAUGAGAAAUGAAGGAGUUAUGUUCUAACUUUAUGUUUAUACAUUAGUAUACACCUGUGUGUUCAUGUAGAAGAGUACAUGUGUGAUGUUGAAGAAAGACUAUCAGUAUCUGCAGUAAGAGGUAUUUAUUAGGUUAAUUUUUUGAUAACUUUAGGGAAGAACAUUGAAAAUAAGAUAAUGUAACAUAACAGAAAUUUUACUUAUGCAUUUAAUAUCAUACUUAUUCUAUUUGACAGCUUAUUGUCUGCUAUACCUUUUAUAGUUUUAAAACGCAGUUUGCCUGGAAAUUAAUUAGCUAUAUUUUAAUAAGCAGACAUAUAAAACUGAAAUUAGAAUAUCUUUGUUUUGAUGAUACAUAUGAAAAUCUAACGUUUCCCUUAGAAUCAGCUACAUAGAACUUCUGACUAUCGUGUGCAAGGUACUUAGUACAUAGUGCGUAGAUGCAAUUAAUCUGGUCUGUCUUGGAUAAUAUAUGGGAUUUUUUUUGUGUAUGUAUGUAUGUAUGUAUGUAUGUAUGUAUGUAUGUGUAUGUGUGUAGAAAAACUAUAAACCAAAUCAUUAGUGUAUUUUGAUAAUUGAUAUUGUUGAUGAAAGUUCAUAAUAAUUAUGUUUUGAAAUUUAAGAAUCACAUAGAUAUAGCCUUUUAGAAGAUUACAUUAAGAUCGUGGAGCAUCUCCUGGUGACAAUGAAGGUUACUGUGGAGUGUGCAUUAUUAAUCACUUUAAUUGUGGAAAUCAUUAUAGGGUGUUUAGGAAAUGGAUUCAUAGCUGUGGUGAACAUCAUGGACUGGACCAAGAGAAGACGGUUCUCCUUAGUGGAUCAGAUCCUCACUGCUCUGGCCAUCUCCAGACUUGCUUUUGUGUGGUCACUACUCACAGUUUUAGUGAUAUCUGAGCUUCACUCAUCAUUGUUGAUAACAAGAAAAAUGUUGAGGAUAAUCAAUAAUUUCUGGACAGUGACCAAUCAUUUCAGCAUCUGGCUUGCUACAUGUCUCAGCAUCUUUUAUUUUCUCAAGAUAGCUAACUUUUCAAAUUCUAUUUUUCUUUCCCUAAGGUGGAGGGUAAAAACUGUGGUUUCAUUAACACUGCUGGUAUCUCUUCUCCUCUUGCUUGUAAAUGUUAUCAUCAUAAACACAUGUAUUGUUAUCUUGGUUGAAGGAUACAAAGUAAAUAUGUCCUACAGUUCUCAUUCAAACAACAAUCCACAGAUUUCCAGGAUUCCUUUAUUCACCAACACUAUGUUCACAUUCAUACCCUUCACAGUGACUCUGACAAUUUUCCUCCUGCUCAUCUUCUCCCUGUGGAGGCAUUUGAAGAAGAUGCAGCAUCAUGCCAAGAGCCCCAGAGACCCCAGCACCACAGCCCACAUUAAGGCUCUGCAAAUGGUCGUCACCUUCCUCUUCCUAUACACCAUUUUCUUUCUGGCACUUGUCAUGCAGGCUUGGAAAAAUGAGAUUCAGUCAAAGACUGUGUUCAACUUGGUUUUUGAGUCGAUAGCACUUGCUUUUCCUUCAGGUCACUCCUGUGUACUAAUUCUGGGAAACUCUAAGCUCAGACAGGCUUUUCUGACCAUAAUAUGGUGGCUGAGGUCCAGUUUUAAUGCUGCAGAACUCUCAAGUCCUUAGACCAUUUAGUGUAUUGACUUCACUAAUUUAAAGUAUGACUUCCAUUUGCCCUUUCAGUUUAUUGUUUAGUUGUAGCUUUGUGAACCUUACAAAAUUCUUUGUGAAUCAAGUACAAUCCAAAAUAUUAAGGGAUAGAUGUUGCUGUAUGUGGAAUGAUGUCAACAUGUACCAUAAAACUAGAAGAAGUUGUGUUAUUAAUGUAAUAUAACUUUCUGUGAUACAAUAGACUUUAAUAUCAUUAAUAAAUCCUAUGAAAUUUGUUUAUAUGUAUAUACAUAUAUGUAUAAAACUUAGGAAGGACAAAAACAAUGGCCUAUAUCAAAAUAAUUAUAUUUACAAAGUUUAGAACAUGUUGAGAAAUGAUAUUGAAUUAGACAUCUAAUAUUCAUUUUAUUGUUUCAAAUAUAUUAUCUAUUCAGAAACUUCUAAUGAAAAAUUUGAGUUUAAUGCAAUCUUCCUGUCCAUUUUACUCAUUUUGGAAAUUAGGAAUUCUUCAAACUUAUUUAUCAUGGGAAAAUUUGUUGUACUUUUUCUAUGAAGUAUUAACAUAUGUGAUCAAUCCAAUUUAGUUGUUUUGCCCACAAAUGCAAAAUCAUGCUCAUGACAGUACCUAUAUAUUUUAAUUUUAAAUCUACUUUUGAAAUUAAAAUAUAAUUAUAUCAUUUCUCCCCUUACCUUUCCUUUCUCUAACACCCUCCAUGUCAUAUAUUGCUUUUACAUAUUACAAAAUUACAAACAAAAAUUUAAAUAAAA